CUUCAGAAACACAAUGGACAUUUACCUGUUUGUAUUAAAGAUAUUCCUGAAGGAAGCAUCAUUCAUCAUGGAAAUGUUCUUUUAACAGUGGAGAAUACAGAUUCAAAUGUUUUUUGGCUGACAAACUACACUGAGGCUAUUCUUGUUCAGGUCUGGUAUCCUAUCACCAUUGUUACCAUAUCCAAGGAAUUUAACAAGAUUCUGGCUCUGUAUUUACACAAAACAUCAGGGAAGCUGGAUAGUCUGGAGUUCAAAUUACAUGACUUUGGUCACAGGGGAGCCUCUUCUCAGGAAUCUGCAGCUCUUGGAGGUGCAGCCCACUUGGUAAAUUUCCAAAGCUUGGACGCAGUUGCAGGACUUUUGAUGGCUCAACAGUUUUACAAUUGCCAAAUGGCUGGAUUUUCAAUCCCAAAUGCAGAACACAGUACUGUCAUCUCUUGGGGAAGGAGUCGAGGAAAGGACGCAUUUGAAUAUUUGCUCAAGCAAUUUCCAUCCACUCCUUAUUCAAUAGUCAGUGACAGUUUUGACAUUUUUGAUGCCUGUAAGCAAAUCUGGGGAGACGAUCUUAAAGAUUGAGUUGAGCAAACGAAUAAGGAUUUAAUGGUGGUUAUUCAACCUGAUUCAGGGAAUCCUGUCGAUAUGAUUAUGGAUAUACUUAGAACUAAUAUUAGGGAGUUUGUACCAAUACUACUGCAGUACACUGCAACUCAUUUAACUGCUUGUGUGUUUUAUAAUCAACUGGAUGUCUAUAAACAGUUAGUGAUUGAUCCGAUCAAACCUUCACACAGCGGGCAGCUAACUCUGAGGAGAAAUCCAGAUGGAACAAUUAAAACAAUACAAGAAGGGAAAGGGAAUCCAGAGGAAGACCUUCUGGUUGCUGUUUUAGAGAAUGGAAAUAUUCUCCAAAAAUACAUACUUGAAGAGGUACGAUCAAAUGCGAAGCUGAAGGUUGAUGAGUUGUCGUAUCUCGAGCCAAAUGUAGAGUUGCUUCGUGGAAGUCAAUUAAAAGGCAAUUCAUAA